GGAACGCCAACUUUCAGAUAUACUUUUGGUUUAAUCUAGUUUCGGUUGCCUGGAUAAGCGAUUUAUAUUUGCUGUUGUCAUAGCUUCAGUUGCUGCCUUAGUGAAACACUAUAUUCAUUUUUGAUAUCCGUAUGGUAUCUAUUAGCUUACAAAUCGUUUGGUCGUGGUUGUAUUAAACUUUUAUGAUAAAUAUAUAAUCCAUCAUUACAGCUGUUAUUUUGGACUUGAAUUUUAAUGGGUAACAGUCAAUCAAACUUUUGGAAACAAUUAAAAACUUUGAGCGAAACGCCUUUGACAUCUACUAACAUUGGCUAUUUGAUGAACAAACUUAAUGAUUCUCGUUUUUUUUUACUAACAACUGAUGCCAUGUCUCCUUUCUUUCAAAAUCAAACACGGCUCGAAGUAAUUAACACUGGACGGGUCAAAAAAUUCUAUAACGGUGAUGUUGUUGCGUUGAGGAACCCGUUGGAAAAAAGCAAAGUUUUAAUUCGUCGAAUAACGGCCUCUCCCUUUGAAAAAUUGAUUUCAAGUAAAGGACUAGAGGAACUUCCAGUGCCUCAGCAUUCUUAUUGGGUGGAAUGUGAUAAUAGAGCUGAAAAGCCCGAUAGCCGAGAUUUCGGUUUUGUAAAAAAGGAACACCUUAUGGGAAGAGCCAUAUCAAUUUUAGACGUCAAUCUUAACUACACUCACAUUAUUUCUAAUAGUAAAGAAGCCAUAAAGGAAGACUGGAAUCGGUUAAACAUCGAUAGAGGGACUAUAAAGGUUUAUUGCUAAUGACUUUGGAAAGUUAAAAUUAUAUCUAUCAUAGCUGAUAUAUUCUUUCGGCGCCAGAAAUAAUAUGGUGACAGCAUUUUACGAAAAAUAUAGAUUUUUCAGAACUU